AGCAGUUCCGCUGAAUGUCCGCUCCUGUUAACCGAGGAGGGAUUAGUGACAAACGGCCCGGGACGACGUCCGCCUUCAGAGUUUGUCGAGCCGCCGGGUUACCGCAGUUCGCCCCGGGACAGAGGACCGCCUCUACUAUUCACAACACUUCGGAGAUUUAGGGAUGAACUGAGCGAGGAUGAAUGUAAACCAGCACACUCCAAUGGCCUCUCCUUACGGCCAGCCCCAGCCUGGCUACGGCCAUCCCGGCUACGCUCCCCUGGAUGGGGGAUACCCUGUCCCCUACGCACCCUACAACGGCCCCGCUUCAGCCUACCAGCCUGGGGCUCUGCCACAAGAUUAUUCUCCUUUCACAAGUUUUCCCUCUAAGGCUGUGGCAGCCACCCCAGUCUCUGACCUCUCCUCUCCUCUUGACUUGGGUCCUGCCAGAGGUCCUCCCACCUCUGGACCCCCGCCAGUCUCGGUACCUCAACCAUUUAAUCAGUACAGUCCCAGUCAAGGGGACGUUCAGAAUGGACCCCCACCUAUGACUCAAGCACCACCCAGGCCUGCUGCGUCUCAGCCAUACAACCAGGGAGCUGUGAACCCGUCAGGGCCACACUCCAGCUAUCCCCAACACUAUGGGCCCCCACCCUCAAUGCAGCAGGUCACCAACCAGAUGACUGGAAUGCAGAUAAAUUCUGGACCGCCAACCGCAGCCGGACCAGGAUAUGUUCCACCUCACAGCUCCCAGCCUCCCAUCAGUACCGCCUACUCAGCCGCACCUCCACCCGCCUACAGCCAAGCCUCUCCCCCCGCAUCUUCUGCUCCCCCCCAGCCACCACCCCCCAGUGGCCCUGCAACUUCUCAGCAAUACUACGGAAGCCCACAGUCUCCUUCUCAACAGCCAUUCAACUCUUCUCUUCCCCCUACAUCUCAACAGCAAUUUACCUCCCCUGCACCGCCACCGCCUUCCUCUCAGCAAACUUUUCCUCCUUCCUCUCAGCAAACCUUUCCUCCUUCCUCUCAGCAAACCUUUCCUCCUUCCUCACAGCAAACCUUUCUUCCCCCCUCUCAGCAAAAUUUUCCUCCCUCCUCCCAGCAAACCUUUCCUCAAUCCUCCUUCUCGGGUCCUAUGCCUCCUCCCAGCCAAGCUCCUGCUCCUCCAGGAUCCCAGCCACAGCAGUCCUUCUCCCCAGCCCAGCCCCCUUUCUCCUCAGCACCUCCACCUGUCAGCCAGCCUGCCUUCAUUUCCGGUCCACCUCCCUCUGCUCAGGGUUCCUUCCCACCUAGAGCACCCCCUCCUUCCUCUCAAUCUGGAUCUUUUCCUUCUGCUGGUCCUCCUCCCACCUCAACUCCCUCCAGCCAAUACCAAGGCCCCAUGCCUCCCCAGCAGCAGCACCCUCCAUCCCAGCCAUCACCUUAUCACGCAGGUCCAUCUCCUCCCAGCGUUCAGAUGCCUCCCACUUCCAUGGCCCAAAGCAACCACCUGCCUCCAGGACCACAGGGCCCUCCGUGCCCUCCCGGGCCCAUGCAGCAGCCUCCAACUCAGCCUGGCAUGCAGGGAGGAUACCCACCUCAGCAGAAUGGUGCUUUUGGGCAGGUGAGGGGCCCGCAGCCUGGCUAUGCAGGCCCUUAUCCCGGGCAACCAAACUAUGGAGCCCCUGCGCCAGCACCCGCUCCUGCUCCACCUGCACAGAAAAGACUUGACCCAGAUUCCAUUCCUAGCCCGCAAGCGUCUGACAUGCCGGCUGUGCAGAAAUCAAGACAUAGAAUAGAUCCAGACGCUAUCCCCAGCCCAAUCCAGGUAAUAGAGGACGACAGGGCUAAGAGCACCGAGCCAUUCACCACGGGGGUCAGAGGUCAGGCCCCACCGCUGGUCACCACCAACUUUCAGGUCAAAGACCAAGGGAAUGCCAGUCCCAGGUUUAUUCGCUGUACAGCGUACAACAUGCCUUGCACAGCCGACAUGGCCAAGCAGUCUCAAGUGCCACUGGCCGCCGUCAUCAAGCCCCUCGCCACGCUGCCACCAGAUGAGACCCCACCAUACCUGGUGGACCACGGCGAGGGCGGCCCGAUCCGCUGCAACCGCUGCAAGGCCUACAUGUGUCCAUACAUGCAGUUCAUAGAGGGCGGGCGCCGCUUCCAGUGCGGGUUCUGUAGCUGUGUCACAGAGGUGCCUCCACAUUACUUCCAGCAUCUGGACCACACUGGUAAGAGGGUGGACUGCUACGACAGGCCAGAGCUUUCGCUGGGCAGCUACGAGUUCCUGGCCACCGUUGACUACUGUAAGAACAACAAGCUCCCUCAGCCUCCAGCCUUCAUCUUCCUUAUCGACGUGUCCUACAACGCCGUAAAGAGCGGCAUGGUCGGCAUUGUCUGCCAGGAACUCAAGUCCCUUCUCGACUACCUGCCCAGGGAGAACCCCGAAAUGGACUCGGUGGUGCGGGUGGGGUUUGUCACCUACAACAAGGUUUUGCACUUCUACAAUGUCAAGUCAAGCCUGGCCCAGCCCCAGAUGUUGGUGGUGUCGGACGUAUCGGACAUGUUUGUUCCCCUGCUCGAUGGUUUCCUGGUAAACGUGAACGAAAGCCGGCUAGUUAUCGAGAGUUUACUGGACCAGAUCCCAGAGAUGUUUGCGGACACCAGAGAGACAGAGACGGUCUUUGGACCCGUGAUCCAGGCUGGACUGGAGGCAUUGAAGGCUGCAGAUUGUGCUGGGAAGCUCUUUGUGUUCCACACGUCUCUGCCUAUCGCGGAGGCUCCGGGAAAAUUAAAGAACAGGGAAGACAAGAAGCUGAUUGGGACGGAUAAGGAGAAGUCUCUGUUUCAGCCCCAGGUCGGUUUUUACAACACCCUAGCCAAGGAUUGUGUGGCCCAGGGCUGCUGCGUCGAUCUCUUCCUCUUCCCCAACCAGUAUGUGGAUGUCGCCACGUUAUCAGUGGUUCCCGUCUCCACUGGGGGUUCAGUCUACAAAUACACCUACUUCCAGGCUCAGUCAGAUCAAGAGCGUUUCCUGAAUGACCUCCGACGAGACAUUCAGAAACUAGUAGGGUUUGAUGCCGUCAUGAGGGUGCGAACCAGCACCGGUAUCCGAGCGACAGACUUCUUUGGCUCCUUCUUCAUGAGCAACACCACAGACGUGGAGCUGGCAGGCCUGGACUGUGACAAGGCCAUCACCGUCGAGUUCAAACACGACGACAAGCUCAGCGAGGAGACGGGGGCACUCAUGCAGUGUGCCAUCCUGUACACCAGCUGCAGUGGACACAGGCGCCUCCGCAUUCACAACAUGGCCGUCAAUUGUUGCUCCCAGCUGGCGGACCUCUACCGCAACUGUGAAACGGACACAAUCAUCAACUUCUUCUCCAAAUAUGCUUUCCGCGGCGUCCUGAACAACCCCACUAAGGCGGUGAGGGACACCCUGAUCAACCAGUGUGCUCAAAUUCUGGCCUGCUACCGGAAGAACUGUGCGAGCCCCUCGUCUGCUGGUCAGCUGAUCCUCCCCGAGUGCAUGAAGCUGUUACCCGUCUAUCUGAACUGUGUGCUGAAGAGUGACCUGCUGCUGCCGGGAGCCGACGUCUCGUUGGACGACCGGGCUUACCUGAGGCAGCUGAUCAGCUGCAUGGACGUCUCCGAGUCCCACGUCUUCUUCUACCCCCGCCUGCUGCCGCUGUUGAAGCUAGAGAGCGGGUCGCUGCCCGUCGCGGUGCGCGAUUCAGAGGAACGGCUGUCGAAAGGCGGCGUUUACCUCCUGGAGACGGGGCUCCACCUCUUCCUGUGGGUGGGGGCCAGCGCUCAGCAGGAGCUGCUGCUCAACAUCUUUGGCACGACGAGCUUCAGCCAGAUCGACCCGAGCAUGACGAGUCUACCAGUGCUGGACAACCCGUUCUCCCAGAGACUCAGAGAAAUCGUCGACUCCUUCAGAGCCCAGCGACCACGAUACAUGAAGCUGAUGGUGGUGAAACAGGAAGACAGAGCGGAGCUGAUAUUCAGGCACUUCUUGGUCGAGGACAAGUGUGCCAGUGGGGGAGCGUCGUACGUGGACUUCCUGUGUCACAUGCACAAGGAGAUCCGCCAGCUUCUCAGCUAGGCACCCAGAAUUCCCCGGUUCACCUGUAUGAACUCCAUCGCCGCCACCACCACCACCACCACCACAACUGACCCCACCCACCUGGUUCACCGCUCCUCGUAAUAGAAAGAAAGAAAGACAGCGCUUUUUUUUAACCUAACAAAUUAAGCUCUCUUUGCUGUCUGCCACAGAACAGCUGGCGGAUCUCAUUGUGUGUGUGUGUGUGUGUGAGUGUGAGUGAGUGAGUGAGCGAGCGACCGACAGAGAGGAUCUGAUGUUAACAGAACUUCACUCUGCCUCAAAUCUCCUGCUCCGACACUGCAGGAGCAAAAUAACCGAGGAGGGUAAUGUACAUACACGUGUGAACAAGUACAUGUAUGCAACAGACGUAAGUGUGCGAUGGAGUCCAUUACUAGCACUGGAAGACAAACACUUUUUUAUAUAUAUGAUUGAAUCCAAAUAGAGUGAAGGAAAUCUACAUACAAGACGUCGGUGGAAUUAGAUAGUCCCUGUUUAUUUCUGAACCGUCUCCCCAUUUACUCAUCUCACCACGCUCCUCCAAUCAUCUUUUAUGUUUGUUUCUUUCUCUCCUUUCCAGAUGUGAGAGGUUUAGUUGCCCACUGCCCGGCCCCUUACUUCCUGGUGUGGCCUCUAGGUCCCAAACAUCUGAAUUUAAGCCCUAAAUUUGUAGCUCCAAUUUGAGUCUGACGUGAAGUUUUCACCCCGCAGGAAGCAUUUGGAAUAUAUAAUCUGCUUUCAGCGUCCACAACUGUACUGAAAAUUUGGGGUCUCCAUUCAUGACAGUAAAUUAUGUCAUGCAGAUUUGUUUGAAUUGGCUUCAGUUGAGUUUUCUUUGUGGAUUGAAACAUCUGGCGCCGCCGGUGUUUAUUCACGGAUGAAACGGAUGUUGCAUUUCAAACUCGAUUUCAUGAUUCUGUUGCAAGGCGUUUUUUUUAAAGUCUGUGCAGCACUGUGAAAGGCCAGAGAUGGAAUAAUGAUUUAUGAGAAUGAUUCACAAAAUGAACAAGUGAAAGAAGAAAAGUAAUGUGAUGUGAACUUUUGAUCUCAGCAUCACAGUGAUGGUUGAUUCUGUCUCUUGGUGGUGUGUAGUGCUGCAGACUUUAUAUUAAUCUGAAGCUCUGAUGUCCAGAAAUGUAUUUAAAAAUUGCAUUUUUAAGCAGCACAGAGUGACGGCUGAUGAAAUGGGCAUCGGACAUGUUUGCAAACUUUUUGAGUUGUCUCCGCACUGACGACGCUCAGUGUGUAAAUAAAAAAUAUAUAAUC